GCUCGUUGACAAAAUUUAUAGAUAAUUGCUUUAUAUAGGAUUUAUUAUAUAUUUUAAAAAUCGAUUAAAAUAUAUGCGCCGAUGUUUUCAUAUUUCUGUAUAUAUUAUGUCAAAAAACAAAGGUAAAAAGGCAGCACCUGUGCCAGAUAAUAGCAGUUCAAGUGCUUCUUUGGAACCAGUGCAACUAGAUAAAGCCGGCAAUGUUUGUUUACGCAUAUUGGCUAAACCAGGUGCCAAACAAAAUGGUAUAACUGAUAUAAGUUCGGAAGGUGUGGGAGUACAAAUAGCAGCACCUCCAACGGAAGGCGAAGCCAAUGCAGAAUUAGUUAAAUUUUUAUCCAAAUUGUUAGGUCUGCGCAAAAGUGACGUUUCGCUGGAUAAAGGAUCACGUUCACGUAAUAAAAUUGUUAUGAUUAGCAAGGGCGUCACAACACCGGAUAAUGUCUUAGAACUCCUCAGAAAAGAAUGUGGACAAUAGUCACUUAGUUUAUCUAUUUUAUUUAUUAUUACAUUUUUUACAUAUUAAUUU